GCUCCUGAUGCUCUCUUACACCUGAGCUGCUCUCAUUGUACCGUCAGAGACGCUAAGAGAUGCACAGCGAUGGCUUCCAUGGGAAUGCAGAUGACUGGCUGCAGUCUGGCGCUUUUCGGGUGGAUCGGGGUGCUUAUCGUCUGCGCUACGCCCACGUGGCGGGUCACAGCUUUCAUCGGCAACAACAUAGUGACUUCACAGACCAUGUGGGAGGGCAUCUGGAUGAGCUGUGUGGUACAGAGCACAGGCCAGAUGCAGUGCAAGGUGUACGACUCUAUGCUGGCUUUGAGCAACGACCUUCAGGGGGCCCGAGCUCUGGUGGUGGUUUCCAUCAUCGUUGGUGUUGUAGGACUUCUGAUUGCUUUUGUUGGAGGAAAAUGCACUAACUUCAUACCAGAGGAGAGGGUCAAAGCUAAGGCCAUGGUGGCCGCAGGGGCGAUCCUGAUCAUCAGCGGAGUCCUCUGCCUCAUCCCCGUAUCCUGGACUGCCAGCAUCAUCAUACAGGAUUUCUACAAUCCUCUAUUGGUGGAUGCACAAAAAAGAGAGAUUGGGGCAUCUCUGUACAUCGGCUGGGGAGCUGCAGUUUUACUGAUCCUUGGAGGAGGAAUGCUGUGUGCCAGUUGCCCCCCUAAGGAGGAACGAGCCCCCUCUGUAAAAUACCUCUUAAAAGGAUCUGGAAGAAACAGCAACGGAGAUUCAUACCGAUCUUCCACACCAACAAAGACAUAUAUUUGAGAAAACUGGAUGUUUGGUCUGUUAGAGGAAGACUUACACGUGUCAUAGAGGGGAAAAAAGCUCACAUUUAACUAAAAAAUGAAGGAAAUCUGCACUUUUAUUUUAUGAGAAUAAAAUGUAAAUGAAGACCUUUUCUGUUUGUGACUGUAUUACGUUUUGUCUUAAAAUAUGCAUAUGUUGUGUUAGAUUUAUGUUGCAGAAACUUUAUUUACUAUUAUUUGUCUGGUUUCAUUUGUACACAAAUUUAUCUUAAGAGAACUAUGGCUAUUUUAUUCUCUUUCAUUAAAAGGAACUUGUGUUGCAAAUGUU